AUGUUUUCCACACAAAUUCAAGACUACCACCCCUUCGUCGUCGUCUGCGCCGGACUGGGUGGUCUCCUCUUGCUGUCCAAGCUGGUCAGCAUAGGACUCACUUAUCGCCGUCACGCCGUUAUUAUUCGCAGACAUGGAUGCAAACCAUGUCCUGCUUAUCCUCAUAAGGAUUUCAUCAUUGGGUUGGACAUCUUCAUGGAGGGCAUGAAGCUGAACAAAAUCGGCGGUCUAUUAGAGAAUGUGCGAGCACGUUACACGAGAUUAAAUACCAAAACUUUCUCCCAGCGCCUAUUGGGUGACAAAAUCAUCAUGACCUGCGAGCCGGAGAAUGUCAAGGCCAUCUUGGCGGCCCAGUUCAAAGAAUUUGACAUACCGAAGCCGCGACGCGACGCUGCAAGCGAUGUUUUCGGUCAUGGGAUCUUCUCUACCAAUGGCUCUGAAUGGGAGACUUCGCGAGCUUUGCUGCGACCAAAUUUCACGAGAAGUCAGGUAGGGGAUAUCGUGACUUUCGAGGAGCAUGUUUCAAAAUUGCUUGCGCGGAUACCCAGAGAUGGAUCUGUGGUUGAUUUGCAGGAGUUGUUCUUCAUGCUUACUUUGGAUUCGGCGACCGACUUCCUGUUUGGCUACAGUACCAAUGUACUUGAUGAAAAGGACCCGAAUAGCGCCGCUGGUGUCAAAUUUGGAGAGGCAUUUCAAUAUGUGACCGAGAAAGUCGGGAUCAGGUAAGCGAGCCCCAGCCAUGCGAAGAGCAGAUACUAAAUAUCACGUAGAACUCGAUUUGGUUGGUUGGCGGCGUUCAUCAAAGAUCCAAAGUAUGAAUCAAGCAGAGACUACGUUUACACCUACAUUGAUAAAUAUGUGAAGAGUACUCUUGACCUCCACCAAAAAAACCUCACGCAAGAGAAGGUUGUCAAGGACAAGAAAGAUCGUGAAAAAUAUGUCUUCUUGGAGGAACUAGCAAAAACCGACUUCUCAGCCACAAAGAUCCGAGACGAACUUCUGCAUAUCUUGUUGGCUGGACGUGAUACUACAGCAAGCUUAUUGGGCUUCCUUUUCUGGCAUCUGGCUCGUCGACCCGAUGUUUGGAACCAACUCAGGGCCGAGAUUUUGGAAUUGGGAUCUGGAAUUCCUACAUUUGAGCAGAUCAAAUCGCUCAAGUAUAUGCAGUGGGUCUUGAACGAAAGUGAGUCGUUCUUCGUUUUGUGGCGGUACAUCAAAUACUGACUUCUGAAGCUCUUCGUCUGCAUCCAAUUGUCCCAGUCAACUCUCGAGAGGCCAAUAGGGAUACAACUCUCCCAGUAGGCGGAGGAAAGGAUGGAAAGUCUCCCAUCUUCGUCCCUAAAGGUGGAAUCGUCGAUUAUCAAGUAUAUGUGAUGCAUAGACGAAAGGAUUUAUAUGGCGAAGACUCUGAUGAAUUCAAGCCGGAGAGAUGGAGUGAUCUUAGACCUGGGUAAGCAGAUAUCUCCGUGAGAGCGGCCGAAAUCAUGUACUAACCUAACAUAGUUGGCAAUACCUCCCAUUCAACGGGGGUCCACGUAUCUGCAUCGGACAACAAUUCGCCUUGAUUGAAGCUUCAUAUUGCGCUGUCAGACUCUUACAAACCUUUAAAUCAAUUGAGAGUAAAGAUGAUUCUCCUUUCCGAGAAUAUCUCACAAUCACACAGGCUGUGGGAGGUGGAGUACAGGUGGGACUCACACCCGCUUGAUGUAGAUAUCGGGAUUCGUUUUUUUCAUUAAAUUGGAGCUCAUGAUAAAGGUCUCGAGAGGGGGAAUGAGAUAGCUAUAUCAAAAUGGGAGGUGGUACUUCAUAUAGCUAGUCUAGAUUCCCAGCGUUGGUCAACUAUUGUCACAGUGAAUAGAAGAACACUCGUCGCUUAAUGCACAUGUUGUACUUACUCCUUUUUUUUACUCCGCCAGUUAUGUAUGACCAAUUCACC